AUUCCAUCUGAAAUGCAUUAAAAUCCGGGUGCCGUUAGGCUGGUGGCGAUCGUCUUCUCUGGUAGCAUUAGCGCGCUUCAUCGCUAUCUCUUCCUAUAAUAAGAAGAAAUAAAAGAUGGAGCAAUCCCGUGUUAAACGGUGGUCUCAAUAUUUAGCAGCGAUUACAGCUACCUUAUCGCUAGCAAUUGCCGGAUCCCACAUAGGAUGGACGUCACCCACCUUACCAAUAUUGAAAUCAGCCUACUCUCACAUGCUGGUAACAUCCGACGACGCCUCCUGGAUUGCCUCGUUCUACCUUUUGGGCACCAUACCUGGAUGCAUUGUAGCGGCCUUUAUCGUGGACCGACUGGGUCGAAAGAUGAGCCUGCUGAUAGGCGGCAUACCACUGACUCUCUCAUACGUAUUGAUCAUCAUAGCGUGGAAUCCUUACGUUCUCUACGCUGCUCGCGGUAUCGGUGGUAUCGGCCAGGGCAUUGCAUACGUCGUCUGCCCUAUGUAUAUCGGAGAGAUCGCCGAUAAGGAGAUCAGGGGUACCCUCGGCUCCUUUAUCAAGCUGAUGGUGACCUUCGGAGAGUUAUACGCUCACGCGGUCGGUCCGUUUGUCUCUUACAAAUUGCUCGGUUACAGCUGUUUGCUGAUCCCGCUGGUAUUCUUCAUGAGCUUUCCCUGGAUGCCCGAGUCGCCGUAUUACUUGCUGAUGAAGAGCCGCCAGGAUAACGCGAUGGCGAGUCUGAAACGUCUGAAGCGCUGCGUUUCCAAGGAUCAAUUGGAGACGGACAUGGAGCAGAUGCAGAAGAUAGUCGUCCGCGAUCUCAGCGAUCGCGGCCACUUCUGGGAUCUCUUCGGCACGCCUGGCAACCGACGCGCCGUCAUCAUCAGCAUCGGUCUGCAAUUUGUCCUCCAAUUUAGCGGCAUUGCCGCCGUCGAGUCGUACACCCAGGAGAUUCUCGAGGAAGGCGACGCGGGCCUACCCGCGAGCAUCUCCGUUAUUCUGUUGAGCGUGCUCCAAUUAAUCGCUGGUCUCGGAGCGGUGGUUCUGGUCGACAAACUCGGCCGACGACCCUUACUUAUCACCACCACCCUCCUAGCUGGAAUCGUGCUGACCAUCACCGGUGUCUUCUAUCUUGUCAAAUUUCAAUUCGGAGUGGACACAUCCGAAUACGGCUGGCUGCUUCACUCCUCCGUGAUCCUUUACGAGCUGAUCAUCGCUCUAGGCCUGAAUCCGCUGCCCUACAUGAUGCUGGGCGAAUUGUUCUCGACGAGUGUCAAAGGCGCCGCCGUCUCGUUGGCCAAUCUGGUGUCUUCCUUGCUGGCCUUCAUCGUCUCCAAGAUGUACCAAGUGAUCUCCGACAAUUGGGGAGUGUACGCGGCCUUCGGCUGGUUUGCCGUCAGCUGCUAUCUUGGCGUGAUCUUCAUCGCGUUGUUCGUUCCCGAGACCAAAGGCAAGUCGUUGCUAGAAAUUCAGGAGGAGCUGAACUGCAAAAAGAAGAAGCAAGAGAAGAAGAAGAACAUUACGAAAGGCGAAAUCAAAAUAAGUAUGAUAGCUUAGGUCGAUAGGCACGAAUAAGGUCGUAAUGUUUAUGAAGAAUUCACGAUAAUUUUCAAACGACAGAAAUAAGCGACACGCAUUUCCCGGGUUAUGGGACAUUUGACAGGGAACCUCAUGGCGGCUGAUAGCCUUUCCGAUUCCAACGGUCCGGCUCGAUCGAGAGAUAUCAGACAAGAAAUAUUUCCAACGAUCAUCGGUAAGAUCAAUUGCAA